CUUUCUCUCUUUUUUCAUCAAAUAGGAUGGAUGCAAAUACUUCCGAGCAGCAGCCACAGAAUCCAAGUGAGGCAGCAGAGGCAUCAGUUCCAUUAGAUGUGUUACCUGAUGGUGAUGAGAGACUAUAUCCUGAGUUUGUUGGCAAUUUGCCACAAUUCGAAGAAACAGAUGAGGAGGAGGAGGAGAAUAAUGACAUGGCUGUGAAUGGGGAUGAUGAGGAUGUAGAUGACUUGCCCAUGAUUGAAUAUGACAAAGAGAAUCCUUCUCUUGAAGAGGGCAGUGUAUUUCCAUCAAUGGUUGCUUUACAGAAUGCACUUGCUACCUACUGUCUUAAGAAUGAAUAUGAUUACGAAAUCGACAAGAGUGAGCCAAGAAGAUUAACUGUGCAUUGUGUCUUCAAGAGGUGUCAAUGGAGGUUGCAUGCCUCCCCAAUGAGGAAUAGCAGAAUCAUUCAAGUCAAAGUGAACCCGCAUCGUCACUCUUGUCCAAGUGCUGAAAGGAAAGCAUCAAUGAAGUUGUGUAAGAGUAGGUGGUGUGCUGAUGUAGUGUUGCCAUGGGUGACAGAGAAUCCAUCUAUUGGCCCCACUGAAUUAGUGAAGAAAAUCAAAGAGAAGUAUAGUGUUGAGGUCCCUUACAUGAGGGUAUUCUAUGGAAAAGAACAGGCUCUGGAUAUGAUUUAUGGUCCUUGGCAAGAAAGCUUCAAGUUGUUGUACACUUACAAAGCUGAAGUGGAGAAGGCAUGCCCUGGGAGUGUGGUAGAGAUUGACCACCAUAAAGUGCAGUACAAGGUGAAAGGCAAUAUUAGGGAAAAGGAAUUUAUUGGGCAUCCUGAUGGUUUGACUAUCCAUACUGAUGCUUGCAAGGGCUCAGAGUUAGCGGUUGAUAUAGUUUUUCCUGGAGUGGAACAUAGGGAAUGCAUGAGGCAUCUUGCUUCAAAUUUCAGCAAGUACUAA